GGUUGCUAAUUCAAAAUGGUGAAUGUAGACUCAUCUCUAAGUUUGAAUGGCGAUAUCGCGCACGCGCGGAAUCCUGGUCGAUAUUUGGUGACGUCAACUAAAGUUGGUCCUCAGUCAGCCGUCGUCGGCCACAUCGCUAACAUGUGGCUGCAAUGCUUGGCUGCGACCGUGCUGAUCACCGCGACUGCCUCCCGAGAGGUUUUCACCAACUCCUUCCUCGUCAGAUUCAAGAGGUCCCUGGGCCGGGAGGAGGCCCACAACUUGGCUCUCCAACACGGCUUCGACAACUUGGGACCGGUGUUGGGUUCGGAUACUGAAUGGCACUUCACUCACCGCGGCAUGCCGCACGCGCGGACACGCCGCUCCAUUGCGCAUGCGCGUCUGUUGAAGCAGCAUCCACUGGUUCACACAGCGAUUCAACAGACAGGUUUUAAGAGGGUAAAAAGGGGGUUUCGGCCUCUUCGUCUGCCCGAGACCAUAGUAGCGCCGGAGCCCAGAGACCCCUACUUCCCCUUACAAUGGUACCUGAAGAAUACGGGGCAGAACGGGGGGAAACCGAAGCUAGAUCUGAAUGUGGAGGCUGCCUGGUCCCAGGGGUACACGGGGGUCAAUGUCACCACCGCUAUUAUGGAUGACGGUGUGGAUUACAUGCAUCCAGAUUUGAAAUACAACUAUAAUGCAGAGGCAUCGUACGAUUUCAGCAGUAAUGACCCGUAUCCGUAUCCGCGAUACACGGACGAUUGGUUCAAUAGCCACGGCACGCGUUGUGCAGGGGAGGUAGCGGCGGCGAGGGACAAUGGAGUGUGUGGAGUCGGGGUCGCGUACCACUCUAAAGUCGCUGGAAUCCGGAUGCUUGACCAACCUUACAUGACGGACCUGAUCGAGGCCAACUCCAUGGGCCACGAGCCCGACAAGAUCCACAUCUACAGCGCCUCGUGGGGCCCCACCGACGACGGCCGGACCGUGGACGGCCCAAGAAAUGCUACUAUGCGGGCCAUCGUGCGCGGCGUCAACGAGGGCCGCUACGGUUUGGGCAACAUUUAUGUGUGGGCGAGCGGCGAUGGCGGCGAAGACGAUGAUUGCAAUUGUGAUGGGUACGCUGCAUCCAUGUGGACGGUUUCUAUAAACAGCGCUAUAAACGACGGACAGAACGCGCACUACGACGAGUCGUGCUCCUCCACGCUGGCGAGCACGUUUAGCAACGGGGCACGCGACCCGAGCACCGGGGUGGCCACCACCGACCUCUACGGCAAGUGUACCGCGACACACUCCGGCACCUCAGCCGCUGCGCCCGAGGCUGCAGGGGUAUUCGCCUUGGCGUUACACGCAAAUCCGAACCUAACGUGGCGGGACAUUCAGCACCUGACUGUGUUGACGUCAAAAAGAAACUCGCUUUAUGAUGCAAAAGGUCGUUUCCACUGGACGAUGAAUGGCGUGGGGCUGGAGUUCAACCACCUGUUUGGUUUUGGAGUGCUGGACGCCGGCGCCAUGACUGCCUUGGCUGCUAAUUGGCGGUCCGUGCCUCCGCGGUACCACUGUGAAGCUGGCUCCGUCAAUACUCACACAGAGAUCCCCUCAGAAGGUAGCAUGACAUUGAAGAUCGAUACAACCGCGUGCGCCGGCACGCCCAGCGAGGUGCGCUACCUGGAGCACGUGCAAGCGGUGGUCAGCGCCAACUCCACGCGGCGCGGGGACCUGGAGCUGUUCCUCACCAGCCCCAUGGGCACCAGGUCAAUGAUCCUGAGCCGGCGCGCUAACGACGACGACUCUCGGGACGGGUUCACCAAGUGGCCCUUCAUGACCACACACACCUGGGGCGAAUAUCCGCAGGGCACCUGGACUUUAGAGGCGCGUUUCAACGGCGGCUCCGGCCCCAGUUCCUCGUCCGGCUGGGUGCGCGGCUGGUCGCUGGUGCUGCACGGGUCGCGCACCGCGCCGUACGCCGCGCUGCAGCCGCAGGACCCGCACUCCAAGCUCGCCGUCGUCAAGAAGGCGCACGAGGACGCCCAGCACUAGGCGCCACAUCAGGCUAUACAGUUCACAGUACAUCUACACUACAUGGUCCGUCGAAAACCCUUCUCUCUCUCUCAUGUCCACAUUUCAAAUGUGAUAAUGCUUCUCGGUUGAGUUCGGGGCUGUGACGCCGCAAUAAGUAUCCUUCAUUAGACAGAAGCUCCCAGUGCUAUAUGAUAAUGUAGCAGUUAAUGUUACAGAUAAUGCAGAAGCAGAUAAUGUUACAGACAGAAAACUUGGCUUCCAUAGCAACCUGCAUGAGACAGCUCUCAGUACUUCAUAUGUCGGCGAUGAAUACCGAGAAUCAGACAGAGAAAACUAGGCUCCCUGUACUACAUAAUUGGCAUUAUUUAAAAAAUUAGUAGUAAUUAUCCCAGUAGUACUGGGAGCUUAGUUUUCUCUGGAUAACUAUAAUAUCUUGCAUCUGACACGAAAUCAAGAGGAAUGUAUAUGAGAUGAGCCGGGAAAUUGUAUAGAAAACUUCUCAUUUGGCAUACGACGCUAGCCCGUCGGCUUAGUUACCUUUACCUUUGGCUUUAAAUAAUGUCAGAAACAUUUCACUAAUUAUCACUUUCAUUAAUAUACUUGAGUCAGUAUUGAAUAAAAGCGGUCCUAGAAUAAAAUUGACCCUUAUAGACACCACAAGAGAAUCCCCACGCGCUUUUAAAUUAAGAUAGAAAAUAAUUUCAUGACCAUUUAAAUGUGAAUGUGAUAAUGCUUACCAUGUAUUAUGUCUAAAAUUCUGAACUGUAUAGCCUAGUAAAAGACAAAUUUAUGAUUAUUUUCAUGAAGAUCAGAAACAUUUCAACAAAUGAAUUCUUUUAUCACAAAACUUUAGCUGCCAAUUAGAAAAUCGAAGGAAAAUCAUUUGAAAUAAACAUUUUGGCGAUGUAAGUUUUAAAUCGCCUUCCAAUGCAAGCAGUAGUACAUCUUGACUGAUUUUACGAACGGAUCUAGAAAUGAUUAGACACCUCAGAAUAAAAAAAUCAAAGUUUUAUGUCCAUUUUAAUUCUAGAUCCAUUUCAUAAAUGAGGGUUAGAUAGUGCAAGAAGGCUUUUCACAAAAUAUCUGUUACAAUUUCCCAAUAAUCGACUAGUUCAGAAAACUAAACAAUAGCUUGGAUUUAUUUGUCUUUACCUAUAUAGUACUUAUAUAAUAAAAAAACACUAACUUUCGUUUUUUGUAACAUUUUCGUUAGUUAGUUUCAGAUUGUUAUAGCUUUUCUCAAAGGAUUUAUACCUACAAUCUUUACCAAUAAGGUACUAGGAUGUAAAUCGAUGGUUGGACUUUUCAUUCUGAUGCUUUAUUGAUUAAUACAGAUGCUAGUCAAGUACUAUAAUAAAAACUCUUAUUUCAUAUAAGUAAAAUAAAGAUUAAACAUAUAUUUUUGAGAUCGUAGAGCUCAAUUUUUGUAUCUACUUUAUAUGCGGGAGUGUAAAAAAUCGUGCAACAUCUUUGUAAUACAUUGAAAUUUACGAAAAGCGUAUCAAAAUUUUGAACAUUAUUAUUUACUAUUUCUAAAGUAUUACAUUGAUGUUAGGAAAUUGUAAAAGUAAUGAUUUUUAUAAACGGUCUCUGAUAUUUAAUUUAAUUUUGACAUUGUUCGUCCCUUUGUUGGACAAAUCUCCUUUUAUUUAUUAUUAUUGUUUUCAUUUGAUCUCUAGACAUAGCUUUUUUAUUACUGUAUAUGAUUUCGUGUACUUUUUGACUUUUAAAAAUAUUCUGUCAGUAACCUUUGAUCAUUAUUUUAAAUGUAUUUGGAAUAUAAUAUAAUAUCUAUGUAUGAUUUAUAUAUUUAAAAAAUCUUGUUACCUUCCGUUUUAAAAUAUUUGUUAAAUUUUAUAUAAAAUGACCAUAGCUAGGGAACAUAUCAAAUGCUGAACUACAGAAACAAAGUAAUAUUUAUAUCCACGAACGAUCUAUUUGAGGUUAAUUUCAGUUAACAAAUGUUAUUUAAAAAGGUAUAUUUUCCUCAAUCGUUUGUUAUUUUAUAAGUUUUCUAUACAUUUGUUAUUUGAGUUAUAUAUAAUAUUUUAUAUACUUUUAAUUAAUUUAAAAUCAAAGGAACUGUAUUUAACCCAGCUAAAUAAAGUUCAUUUGAAUGUUUUUAAUUUAAAAUAUUAUAUGUAUCAUUCGCUAUGCGCAUAAAGAAUGAUACAUAUACAUAUCCUAAAAAAAUAUUAACAAAGAAUAUAUUAGAAAAAUUAUCGUUACUAUAAGAUUAUUGUAAAAGUAUUUAUAUAAUUAUAAUUACAUUAUUAAAAAGUACUUCCUUUUGGGCCCAGUAUCAUUGAAUACGAGUUUGGUAACAGUUCUUUAUAUCUAUUUUCUUAAAGAAUGCAUACGUUUAAUAUUAAAUAUAUAAUAAAAUAUCAGUGUUUUUCAAUUCCAUGAUUAUAUCCAGUUGUGUGUAAGGGCUAUAUAAUACUUAUUAAAUGGGCAUAGACAAUGGUUAGGAUAGACGUUAAGAAAACAAUCAUAUAAAGAAGAAAUAUAUAAUGUAUUAUUAAUAGAAAAUAUAAUGUGAUUUGGUGUUGUAUUUGAAUUAAACGACGUUUUUGUAA